AUGAACAUCAAGCGGUACUUCUCUAGCCAUCCGCCCGAGGAAAAAAGGCUCCUCUUCAAAAUCGACUUUUUCAUCCUCUCCUUUUGUUGUGUCACGUAUUUUUUCAACUAUCUCGACCGUUCCAACCUCACCAAUGCCUAUGUCUCUGGGAUGAAGGAGGAGCUGGCCUUCCAUGGCAACCAGUUUAACAUCAUCAACACCGUCUUCACGGUCGGAUAUAUCAUCGGCCAGAUCCCCUCCAACCUGGCCCUGACUUAUAUCCGGCCUCGGCUAUUUUUCCCUGGCAUGGUGCUUUUCUGGGGUGCUCUGACGAUGAUAACCGCUGCUGUCAACCAUCCCCGGGACAUCAUGGCUAUCCGCUUCUUCCUGGGGAUUGCUGAAUCAAGCACUUUCGCUGGUACGCAUUACAUCCUGGGAUCUUGGUACACCGAACGGGAACUGGGCAAACGAAGCGGCAUUUUCACUGCUUCUGGGCUGGCAGGGACAAUGUUUGGGGGGUUCAUCCAGACGGGCAUUCACUCGUCGCUAGAUGGGGCGAGGGGGCUGUCAGGCUGGCGAUGGUUAUUUAUUAUUGACGGAUUAAUCACUCUGCCAAUUGCCAUAUAUGGCCUGCUCCUCUUCCCUGAUACACCAGCCACCACCAAAGCUCCGUAUCUCACGGCAUCAGAGCGCACACUGGCUGUUACGCGUCUUCCCAGUGUCAACGCGGAUCGAGCUCCCUUGAACCUAGCCUUUGUCAAGCGUGUCUUUACCACCUGGUACUGGUGGGGAUUCGUCAUCCUGUGGAUAAUAGCAGGAGAGACAGAGUCCUUUUCCUCAAACUCAAUACUGGCACUGUAUAUGAAGGCCCAUCCAACCAUCAAGUAUACCGUGGACCAGCUUAACAACUACCCAACUGGAGUUCCCGCCGUGGGAAUCGUCGCAACAUUAUUCUGGGCUACUUUGACCGACAUCCUUGGCGGGAAGCGAUAUCUCGUCAGUUACUUCAUCGGCAUUACCGGCGUCGUCACUUCUGUUCUAAUCCUCACCCGGUUCGAAUCAACCGCCACGGUCUUCGCAUCAUACUACUGGGCAGGAGCAGUAUACGCCUGUCAGGCUACGUUUUUCGCGUGGUGCAAUGACGCAAUGCGCUCGCAGGAUGCUCGCUUGCGGUCUGUGGUUAUUGCCAGUAUGAACGUGGGCAGCAAUGCAGUCAAUGCGUGGUGGAGUAUUCUGUUCUACUCGGCUGACUUUGCGCCGCGCUUUACAAGGGGGAUGUGGGCGAUGAUUGCGACUUCCAUUGCGUUGGUGAUAUGGACGGUAGGCGUUGUAUAUAUGACGGUGAGGGAGGAGAGGGCGGAGACGGAGAUGCCAACUGAGCGACUUACUAUCGAAGAGGAUGAGAGCCAUGCUGUGAAUAAGCCUGAAUGA